CGGACAGCAUCUGCCACCACCAGCCAUUCGUAAGAGCAAUGCACGACCAUCCACCGCCCCAAGUACGACCACCGCACCUUUUGGUGCUGAAUAUAGGGGAUCUCGCCAGGACCUCGGAAUAAGGACAAAGGAUCUGGUCCCAAGAGAGAGAGAUCAGGGCCCCGAAACGCCGAUUUCAGCGAAUCAAUUCCAAUAUGGCCCGCCUUCUGCCAACAGCAAUACCUAUGACGAGAACAGUACCUCAUCUCGGUAUCAUACUCUACACAGAGCGGAAAGCGAAAAUUUUGUUCCGUUCCAUUACCCGACUGGCGCGGCUCGGUUCCAUACUGUUUCUGGCGGCCCUAUCGAUUCUAAUAGCAACUCUAGGGGCCUAGCACAGACACCGCACGCAGCACCACCUGGAGCCGGCCCUUCUGAUAUCACUACGGAGGUCAAGAAAGAGCGACGCUCUUCUAAACUCAAAGACUUUAUGAAGCGGCCUUCCACUUCUUCUGGUGCCUUUUCAUCUCCAUCUCCUUCGACUUCUCAACGCACUCGCGGUGCCCAGGGCCAUUCAGCGCAAUCUUCUGCCGGGGAUGACAUGUUCGGUAAUCGCCAGCGCUCCCAAGGAAGCCAAAGCUUCGGACGAGUCAGUAGUGGUGGAGGCGCCAAUGGUA